CUCCAUUUCAGGACCACCUCCAAUCCCAGCACGGAAAUGUCCUGCUACGACCUGUGCCCCACCACCACCACCAGCGGCAUCGCCUGCCCCCAGCCCAUCGCCAACAGCUGCAAUGAGCCCUGCGUGCGGCAGUGUCCUGACUCCACCGCCCUGAUCCAGCCGCCCCCGGUCGUGGUCACCUUCCCCGGCCCCAUCCUCAGCUCCUUCCCCCAGCAGGCCGUGGUGGGCUCCGCCGGAGCCCCUGCCGUUGGCAGCUCCGCGGGGCUGGGAGGCUUCUACGGCUCUGGGAACCUCUACGGCUACGGAGCCUCCCUGGGCUAUGGAGCCCAAUACGGCUACGGCAGCUCCGCGCUCGGCAGCAACUUCUGCAGCCCCUGCGCCCCGCGGCGCCUCGGCCGCAUCCUCCGCGGCAGCUACGGACCCUGCUAA